AUGAGGAGCCUGUGGCCACCUCUGCCCCUCUUGCUGAUCGCUUUGGCGCCGGGCUUAUCGCCGGCCGCCGCCCAAGACUCGAGCUCUCAGUCCACCGUGUCCGUUUAUGUCCCCGGAUACGAAACUCAGAACUGGGAAGACCUGGCCGGCAGCGUUGUCACCAGUGACAGCACCGCGACGACAUAUACCGUGUUCUGUGCUGAUACGAAUGACUGCCAAAUAUCGGGGCCGCUGCCAUUCACCUUUGCCGAGGGACCGAGCACGUUCCGCUACUCUGGAUCGAUAGAAAGCCGGCUUACGGCCGUGAUAUCAUGUCAGCUAGCAUCCACGACCGCCGCGACGUGUACCGAGUAUUCCUCUUUCGGCUCGGAUUUCAAGGAGAACAACAUCACAGGCCCAACUGAAACGACCCGUACGGUGACCUAUUCCGGAUCUGACGUGCAAUGGGGUACGUUGGUCUUGACAACGCCCGCGCCCGCACCUGCAUCGCCGACCGUUGAUAGUCCGGAUGGGGGGAUAGACCCCUCGGAUACGGCGUGGUACUUUCCUUCACCGACGAGCACAUCCUGGGCCAAGGGGAGGUCAGAUUUAAGAUCCGCGCUGGUGCUGGGAGUCUCGGUGCUGGCGGCUGCAUUGAUGUUGUGA